AAACAGCCGGUUCUGGCCGGGAGCCUCAUUAUAUUCCAAUAUUCCUUUCGGGAGCCAUUCCCCACCGCAGCGGCCCGAAGACCCUCCUGUCCGGCGACCUCGGCUCCGGCUCGGUGGCCAACAACCAUGGACUGUUUUUAUGUGCCUUGUUUUCUGGCAAGACACCAUGGUUCCUCGUAACCGAAUGCUGGUAGUGGUCUUCUUCUGCCAAGUGGUGCUGGGCGGCGGGGGCCAUGCCAGCCUGAUCCCUGGCCCGGGCAAGAAGCGGGGGGCGGAGGCGGAGGACGAGCCCCCCCCGGGCCGGGCGGGAGGCCGGAGGACCCCCGGGCCGCCCCCCGCCCCGGCCCAGGACCUGCUCAGGGGCUUCGAGGCGUCGCUGCUGCAGAUGUUCGGCCUGCGCCGCAGGCCCCAGCCCAGCAAGGCCGCCGUGGUCCCCGCCUACAUGCGGGACCUCUACCGCCUCCAGUCCGGGGUCGACGACGACGACGACGAAGAAGAAGACCCCCACCGCCGCCGGGACCGGGCCGCCGGCCGCCCCCCGGCCCGCCCCGGCCGCCUCGACUACCCCGACAGGCCGGCCAGCCGCGCCAACACCGUCAGGAGCUUCCAUCACGAAGAACAUCUGGACAGCAUCCCAGGGACCGGCGAAAACCUGGCUUUUCGUUUUGUCUUUAACCUCAGCACCAUCCCCGAGGACGAGGUGAUCUCCUCGGCCGAGCUGCGGCUGUACCGGGAGCAGGUCGACCAGAGCCCCGAAUGGGAGCAGGGCUUCCACCGGAUAAACGUUUACGAGGUCGUGAAGCCCCCGGCGGCCUCGGCGGCCGGCCCCGGCCCCCUCAUCACGCGACUGCUGGACACGCGGCUGGUCCACCACAACGUGAGCCGCUGGGAGAGCUUCGACGUGAGCCCCGCGGUCGCCCGCUGGACCCGGGGCCGGCGGCCUAACCACGGGCUGGCCGUGGAGGUGACCCACCUGCACCGGGCCGGGGCCCACCAGCGGCGCCGCCAGCAGGCCCGCCACGUCCGGGUCAGCCGCUCCUUACCUCACGGCGACGGGGACUGGGCCCAGCUGAGGCCGCUCCUGGUCACCUUCGGCCACGACGGCCGGGGCCACGCCCUGACCCGCCGGGCGGGCCGGGCCAAGCGCAGCCCCAAGCAGCACCACCCCCAUCCGUCCCCGCACCACCACCACCACCACCCGCCCCCGCCGCGGCCCCGCAAGAAGAACAAGAACUGCCGGCGCCACUCGCUCUACGUGGACUUCAGCGACGUGGGCUGGAACGACUGGAUCGUGGCCCCGCCGGGCUACCAGGCCUUCUACUGCCACGGGGACUGCCCCUUCCCGCUGGCGGACCACCUCAACUCCACCAACCACGCCAUCGUCCAGACCCUGGUCAACUCGGUCAACGCCAGCAUCCCCAAGGCCUGCUGCGUGCCCACGGAGCUCAGCGCCAUCUCCAUGCUCUACCUGGACGAGUACGACAAGGUGGUGCUGAAGAACUAUCAGGAGAUGGUGGUGGAGGGCUGCGGGUGUCGCUGACGGGCGGCCGCCCGCCCUGCCCGCCCCCUCGUCCUCACGCACGCUCAGACACACACACACACACACACACACACACACACACUCUCCCACCCACGGACCGCUUCCCUAUAGCCGGACUUCGAUCGUUUUGGGUUUUGUUUUUUUUUUUAAAAAAGGAAAACUUAAACUCUCACCUUGACCUUAUUUAUGACUUUACGUGCAAAUGUCUUGACCAUAUUGAUCAUAUAUUUUGACAAAAUAUAUUUAUAACUACAUAUUAAAAGAAAAAAAUAAAAGGAGUCAUU